AUGGAGCGGAUGUCUGAGGAGGCGCUGAGGCUCAACUUGCUGAAGCGAGGCCUGGAGUCGCCCAGUGAGCGAGAGGAAGCGUUGGCCAAGCGCCUCAAGAUGGAAGGCCAUGAGGCCAUGGAGCGCCUCAAGAUGUUGGCUUUACUGAAACGCAAGGACCUCGCUGACCUGGCAGCCCUAGAGGUGGCGGGGCCCAUGGGAGACGGGAAGGGGCCCGGAGCCAGCACCCUCCACCACCAGAGCCUAAUGGGUGCCGCAUACGAGGAGAAGCUGAAUGGGAGUCUGAGGCUGGGAGGCCAUGGUAGCCAUAUUGGAACCAGUAAGAACGGGAAGGAAAACAUGCUGGAUGAGCCUGUGGACAUGAGUGCUGGCAGAAGAUGUGAAGCAGACCAUGACAGACGAACUCCGUCUCCAGACGUCAUUAUUUUGUCGGACAACGAGGCGUCCAGUCCCAGAACGACGCCCCGCCCCGAGGAGCGCCUGCACCACCCCAACCUGGACCUGUUCAAGGGGAAGACAGGAGAAGAGAGGCAGCAGAUGAUCAAAGCUCUGAGGGAGGAGCUGCGUCUGGAGGAGGCUCGCCUUGUGCUGCUCAAGAAGCUCCGACAGAGCCAGAUGCAGAAAGAGAACGUGGUGCAGAAGGUCCCAGUGGUUCAGAACACUGCCUCCUCUGUGCAGCCUCCUACUAGCCACAGCUCUCCUGGCCUGGGGAAGCUGCCUGUGAGGCCGGGCCUGCACAACCCUGAGGCCCAGAACCUCCGCAAUGCACAGGGUCACACGGUCAUCAGGUCCGCAGCAAACGCCAACCUGCCCCCUAUGCUGAUGUCGCAGCGAGUGAUCGCCCCGAACCCCUCCCAGCUGCAGGGCCAGAGGCUUUCCUCUAAGCCCGGGAUGUCCCGCUCCGGCUCCAGCAGCAUGGGCAACCCCGUCAGCUACCAGCAGGCCAGCCAGCAGGUGGCAGCGUCCCAGCGCUCGGGCUCCAGCGCCAUGUACAUGAACCUGGCUCACAUGCAGGCGGCGGCGGCCGCCGGCGGAGCGGUGGGCGGACUCGGCGGAGCCUCGGCCGUCAGCCCGUCCACCAUGUCCAACUCAGCCGGCGGGGGGGUGAGCUCCAUGGCCGACCAGGCCAGCAGCCAGGCGGCGGCCAAGCUGGCCCUGAGGAAGCAGCUGGAGAAAACCCUGCUGGAGAUCCCUCCACCCAAACCCCCUGCCCCACUGCUCCACUUCCUGCCCUCCGCCGCCAACAGCGAGUUCAUCUACAUGGUGGGCCUGGAGGAGGUGGUGCAAAGUGUGCUCGACAGUCAGGGUAAACUCAGAGGGACGCUGGGACGCAUGGAGCCCUUCUUCUGCGCCCAGUGCAGGACCGACUUCACCCCCCACUGGAAGCAAGAGAAGAGUGGGCGGAUCCUCUGCGAACAGUGCAUGACCUCCAAUCAGAAGAAGGCUCUGAAGGCGGAGCACACCAACCGGCUGAAGAAUGCCUUUGUGAAGGCUCUGCAGCAGGAGCAGGAGAUUGAACAGAGGCUGCAGCAGCAGGCGGCCCUCUCUCCCAGCUCGGCCCCUACAGGCCCCAACGCCUCCAAGACCGACUCCAUGAUCCGGCACCAUGCGCUCCGCCAGGCUCCCCAGCCUCAGGCCUCCAUGCAGCGCGGCCUGUCCAACUCGGCGCGAGGCGUCUUGUCCAACUUCGCCCAGGCCUCCCAGCUGUCAGUGGCCAGCAGCCUCAUGGGGAUGACCAGUGGCAAGCACUGUGGCAGCGGAGGAGGCGGCAGCGGCAGCAAUAGACUGCAGCACGACAGCCGCCGCCAGAUCUACAACAUCCCAGGGUUAAAUAUUGCCUAUCUGAACCCAGCGGCGGUCGGAGCCCAUAAGAGCUCCAGCUUAGCAGACCGGCAGAGAGAGUACCUGUUGGACAUGAUCCCUCCUCGGUCCAUAUCGCAGUCCAUCACCGGACAGAAAUGAGCUCCGCCCAGCCCACCUGCCCCACCGAAGCCCCCAAUUAUGCCCUCCUACCCCGUACUGAAGCACUCCCAGAUCGAACCAACAUCUCCCCCUCCUCUCCCCCCGUUCCCACCAACCCCAUCGCAUGCAGUGCCUGUCCGUGUGCCUACCUUAAACCAACCCAUGACAACCCACCGAGUCGGACAAAGACACUAAACUGUCAUCUCAAAUGUUCUUAUUAUAGUACAAAUCUUCUUCGUCAACGUUGUUUAACAAUUAUAAUUCCCAUUAUUAUUGCUGUUGGUAGCACUAUUAUUAUACCUGCAACUACCAUUUUGCUUCAGUUAUGAUUACUCAUUAUGCUUUUUGUUUUCAACGUUCUUUUCGCUGCGGUGUUUCCUUAACUUUGGGCCGUGCGUCUGAGUCACUGUAGGGCCGCUUCAGGCCAACAUCAUGUAGGGCCUUUUUCUGCGCUCGAUUAUAAAGCUUGGAUGUGACUAUUGCUAGUAACAGAAGAUCAACAGGGCGUUCUGGUUGCUAUGCAACAUAAAGUUAAACAACUUUGAAGCUUUGUAAAAAGUGUUCGCUUGCUAACUAACAAUGUGGAAAUUGGGAUCAAUUGAGAGCAGAGCAUCCCCACCCGUAUCAUCUCGUCCAAGACACCGACGCACAGCUCCAACGCGCUCGGCCUGCAAGACAGAGCAGCAUCACCACUGUUGAGGAGACACGGCUGCCCCAUCAAAAGGUCCUCGGCCCUUCUUCAUUUCAGAUCUCCACCUCCCUCGCUGGAGACCUGAACAGGUACCAGCUGGAUGUAACUCCAACUACACACUGUAGUUACACUCAUCAGGACGUGUCGGCCAGCUGUGGAUGGGCACAGCAGCAAGGAGGGAGCCGACCGGCAGAAAGACGUCUCCACACCCACCCAGUAUUCCCGAGGGGGGGACGGAUCUUCAGACCUCGCAUCUCACGACCUGCUCCGAAACCCCUUUGGUGAUCCAGUAUGCACAGACAGAACCCUUUUACCCAGCAGCUCCUCUUGGUGUCACGCAUUCUUUUAGAAAGUGAAAAGAACUCAAAUCUGGAGGUAGAACUGCAGAACCACAGAUGUGUACCCCAAAAACCAAGAAGGCUGCGUUCCUUUUCUUGUUAUAUUUGGGAUUUUAAUUUUCUUCUGAUUGUUGCCCCCCCCCCGCGCCCAACCUUUCCUUCUUUUUUAUAUGGGUAGUUUCUCUGUUAGUUUCUUUGUUUGUUUGUUUUUCGGCGUCUCCUAUUGAAAUGGUGGCAAACCUGAGAGGUUUUAGCCCGGAGACGAUAAUAAUCAUCAUGGCUAAAAACAGAAACUGUUGAAAUAUCUGUAUGGAAUAUGUAUAGAAACCUAGCAUCGAAGAGCAAAGAAAAGGAUGUGGAUUAUAUGUUUUAUGGGAGAGACAUGGAUCAAUCAUUGUGUGCAUGCUCUGCACACGCGUUGCCUCACAGAGGAGCACUUUGCAUAUUUCCAAUUGGGAAAAGGUUUUUUUUUAAACAAGGAAAAGAAUGAAUGUUACAAAUGAGAGUGGCUACGGUCUGGAUGGCGGCUGAGGGCCGACCGGAGACUCGGACGUGCGGAGGUGUGGGCGGGGGCGUGCUGAGUAAUGUGGAUUGCAUCAAGGUGUAUUUUAAGUAAGUAAGUAAUGACAAAGGGUUUCUUUGCACCUCAGAUGUCAGUUUCCAAAUGCCCAGCGCCUGCUGUGCUGGCGUUCGCCCCCAUGGCUGUAUAUAAACACGGGGUCCCAUCGUCCCAAUUUUAGUAAAAUAAUUCUCCUUUUCAGUGGCGUGCAUUCAAUCAGGGGCAACUGCAGCAACACAAGCCGGCCCCGUCCUCUUUGUAGGUGACCUAAUUAUUCAUUUCAGUCUCACAUAUUGGAGAGUUGCAUGCAGCCAGAGCGUGGACGCUCUUCACAGCUACAUUUGAUUUUUCAUUACCACAUUUUAUCCAUUAAAUUUGUUCUGUAAAUAUGAUCAUUCGGAGGCAGAAACGUUCCCCGGAGCUUUCUGUGAUGUGACACGCUGUCGUCAAGGAGAGCAGCAUUUCCUCAAACUAUAUGUUGACUCUCAUACCUGUCCUCAUGGAGACAGAAGGACACCGUGGCUGCGAUGGGUCUCGCAUUACAUUCUGAAGCUUACAAAGAAGUCUGUCUUAACCUUUGAACUCCCGUGUGUGAUUUGGAUGAAGCAGUCCGUGUCAGACCUCUUCCAGGCAGGUGCACGUAAACUGCAGCUCAGGUUCUUCAUUGACAGCAGACACUAGCAGAGGGUCACAGUGCACGUCUGCCAGCUGGGUUGCAUCCGGCCAAUGUCUUUAAUUGGGUUAGACUACAGUCGCAUUCGUUAACUUUGAAUCCACACUACAACAAUGUGCAUACUCUGUUUACGACUAAAUACCUGCUGAUCAAGUGACAUGGCCGCCGGCUUCUGCUGUUGUUUGGUGCCCAUUAGCAGAUGUUAGCAUGCUAACAUUCUAAACAGUGAAGGCAGCGCUUUGAGGAAAUCCUUUAUGGGAAACCCCAGUGUCUUCAAUCAGAGUGGAGCAGAGGAGGAACUUCAGCUCUCUCAUGAACUCAAACAUAGUCGGACCGUUUAGGACCAGUACCUUCUAGAUGUCUUCUUCUGUUGACACCAUUUAAUAACACCGUCAGUCCUUGGAGGAGUCUCGUAUUGCACUGCACCUGAGUCCCUGUCCCUCCGCCCCUGCAUUGUUACUCCUGCACCGUCCGUGUGAGACCAGCGGUUGGUGGUGUUCUCUCCAACCCGCCUGUCAGCCCAGUGGAAGUGAAGACUAUGAAACUACCUAGGAUUAGAGUAGGAGACGGAACGUUUACUCUUGGGAAAACCUCAUUUUUCUCCAUUAUAUAAAAGACCUGAAUCAAUAUUCCCUUUGGAACAGUUGAAAUUGGAUGUACAGAUAUAUUUUCAUGAGUUUUUAUUGUCUGGGAUGAAUUUUUACUGCCACUCCCGAUAUGAUUUUAGCGAUGUUUUUGUCAUGCCUCUCCUUUUGCUGCCAGGCUGAAGUCUAAGGGGGAAACCCUGUAUUUUGCUCUUCUGCAGAUGCAUCCAUCACUUUGUAUUUGGACUCUUUCUUGAAAACUAAAAAUUUAAAUUUGAAGUCAUUCUUUUUCUGAUGUCUCAAUUGAGUUCUGUUUUCUUUCUAUUGCAGUUUAAAAAAGUAAACAAAUGUACUGACUAUGAAAUAAACUACACGAUAUUUGCUAGGUUUGAAGUAAUAAUGACUUAUUGUACAUAAGCAUUUUCUCCUCCCUUGUACUGAAAAAAAGAAAUUAAAUGGUUGUAUAUUGUGUAGAAAAGCAAACAAAAAGCCAUGAAUAUUGUGAAGCUUGUCAUUUCGUUUUGUGAUCACUGUGUAUUAUUGUGUAACGAUGUGCAAAAUGUUUGGGAUUCUUUUUUUUUUCUUGAAUCGGCCUCCCUGGACGCGGGGACCCGCUGAGCGUUUGCAGGAAGGUGCUCAUUGGUUCAGAAGGUGGAGUUCGCGUUGCUGGUCUGUCUCUCGGAGCAUUGACUCUUGAAAUCAGUUUCUCUCAAAGGUUCUGGAUAGCAGAACGUUGGAUGUUUCACUGCGUGUGUUGGAUCACAGGGACCCUGGUGAAGUAGAGGUUGGAUCCGGGGUCCGACUGAUGUACCACUUUUCUCUCUUCAGGUAAUCCACAUCCUUUGGAUUCCUCUUAUAGUUCGUCAGGCAGCCAUUGGCUCUCUAUGGUUGGACUGAGGCAUUUUGACAACAUAAAUGACCUUUGGCUCGUGGUGACUUCUCAUAGAGACGUGUCCAGCUGUUCAGUGAUGUCCCGAUGGUCAUUUUUCAUUGCCAUUAGCAGCAGGAAUAAAAGAGAACCUGAACAAAUCCAAUCAAAGCUACAUGGACCAUACGGACAUGUUUUAAAAUGAACUAAUCCAAUUAAAUCAUAACCAAUGCAUAAGUGAAGAGAUCAGUGGUUAUUGAAGAAUGGUGAAAGGUCUUAAGCUUAAUCACUCCUCGCCUGUUGGGACCCACACACCACCAUGCCUGUACAACACUUUGGGAAUGUCAUACAAAGUUUUCCACUAGACUUAGAUACAAGCUGUUACAUCAGUGGUCUGACCUUUUCUACAACGUUUUUGUUGAAUUGACCUGAGAAGAGCCGACCCUGAAUCAGUGAUCACUUUUCCUGCCGACACCAGCGUACGACGUGUGUGGUCCUCUGCUGUUUGAAUGCAUCCCUCGCUAAUGCAGGGAAACCUUUCAUUUCAAAUCAGUUCUUAUCACAUUUCGGUUGACGUUUUGUAUAAUGUGACGAUGCUGAAAUAAACAUCUGGGGGAGCAGAAACCGAGGAGGAAAUUGACCACUAACCAUCUGAAGUCAUUUUUGUUUUCCUUACAUCAAUCCUGACCUUUUGCACAUACUUGAUAUUUAACGGUCUUCAAAAAAAAGAAAAGAAAACGAUGCUCUUUGAAUACUGCCAGUUGACAAUUAUGCAUUGAUUGAAAAAAAAAAUAAGAAAAAAAAGCUAAUUUUGGAGGAAAUAACUUUGUAAUAUUUAUCUGCAAGCUAUGUUUAAUAAAGGUUCAAACAAUUUA